GAUGCUGUAACAUGAAGCAGGGCUGUGCUAAGGCAGCGCCCGAGAAUCCCAAAUUAAAUUUCAGGCCAGAGACACGGCUGCCUCGUAGCAAGGUAGAAAUGCUGAGAUUGUUGGUUGAGAACAGCGAGUUAUUUAUUCAUUCAAUGGUAAAAUUCAUACAGGUGCUCGAUAGGUUAAGGUGAACUUUUGAGUUUUGGUCGACUGAUUUUUGUAAGCUGUCAGAAUAGCUUAGGUAUCUUGGAAUUGCCUUAGCUGGGUCAAACCAAAGGGGAAGAGGGAUGAUACAUUGAGAUGUCUGUAAAUACAAAGCUUGGAUAUUUCCCUGAAAGUGAACUGUUCCUCCAAGUGAUCCGUGCGUAUACGGACACAGUGAUUAUAUAACCGUAUUUAUGCUUGUGGAAUUGCUGUAAAAUAUGAAGAUUGUGACUACUGCUGUGACAUCCAUGUGAGAAAAUUGAACUGAACUUUAUUGCAAGUCAUGGCCCAGACUAGGCAAAGCUUGGUAUGAGUUUUUUUUGUUUGUUUUAGUUUGAAUUAAGCUCAGAUGUUUAUCCUAAUCACUUUUGUCAACAGCAACUUCAGUGCCUAGAGCUAAAAGGCCACUGAACUAGCAGAAGAAGGAGAAGUUUUAAAUGCCGGAAGAGCAAAGCCAAACUACAAUGGCUGUUGAUGAGCUUCAAGCCAUAAUACAACGAUGCCAAAUUCUGGAAGAAGCUGAUUUCAAGGGAGAAGAUUUUAAUUUAUUUCAGGUAGCAGGCCAGAAAUGUUUAGAAGAUGGAUAUGCAGCUCAGUUAUUAGAAGUAGUUCAAAAUGAGAAAAAUAAGGUUAUCAUCAAGAAUAUGGGUUGGAACCUCAUUUGUCCUCUUGUUAGAUGUAUUUUAAUGUAUAAACAGGAAGAUGAUAACAGAGAACACUGCCUGAAGAUACUAGAUCUGCUGGUGCAGCUAUGUAACGCAAAGGAACUUUUUUUAGGUUUACUUGAGCAGAUUGAGCAGACCUCUGGAGAGCAAGUAUGCAAAACUGUCAUGUUAUUGCUUCAGCCUUUGCAGACAGUGCUUUUCAAACUUCAGAACAAGAAGGCCUACUCAGUGGGUUUGUCUUUGGCUGUGAUAAUGAAUCAGCUCACUCCUUUGCCUGUACCUUACACAAAACAACAAGUACAAGAAGAUAAGCUCGGUCUCUGUCAAUGUUGUAAUGCUGUUGUGGACUUCGCUAAACCUUUUGUGAGUGAAGUUGUUAAAAACAUGGAAAAGUCAUCAGAUUGCAAUGAUACGGAGCUGAAGGAAGAAUUACUAAAAUUCUGUAUGAAAAGCCUUAAAUACCCGUUGCUAACAGCUCAACUUGACCAACUUGAAAGCAGUGAUGAACAUCCCUUUAGACACUUCGCAACUGAAAUUAUAGACAUCUUACAAGAUAUGAGAGAAUUAAUACAAUUAGUGUUUUCACAUCAUAAAGACAGAAGUCAGUCCUGGGAGAACAAGGAGUUUGCAGACAUAGAACAAAAGAAUUCUGCAGAGUCUUUGGCAUGUCUGUCAUAUCUGAUGUUUGUUCACUAUUUUGGUAUUGAUUACUUUCCUAUGGUAUUUAGUCCAUCGUACCUGCUGCAAUGCAAUAUGGCACACAUUGAAGUCCUGUUGAACAGAACUGAAGAAUCUGUCUUAUCCAAAGGACUUGAACUGUUUGAGAGUGUGUUAUUAAGAAUGGAAGAUAAUAGCCUGCUCCAUCAGUAUUUAGAACUCAGCAAUUUUAUUACUGUACCUCAGAAUUUGGUGAAAGUUAUGACCCUUUGUCCCAUAGAGCAUCUGCGGAAGAAAAGUUUAAAUAUUUUGCAGUUGUUUAUAAACAAGUUCGAUGCAGAGGGAAAAUACACAUUAUUCAGAUGCUUACUGAAGACAAGCAACCAUGCUGGCGUGGAAGGAUACAUUAUUAAAAACAUAAAAGAUCAGAUUCACUUAGCAUUAAUGAAGGUGGGUGACAACAACUGGUUUACAGGACAUCACCUGGUCUCCCUUUUAGAUUUAGUGCUUUUGCUUCCUGACGGUGCUGAGACAGACCUUCUGCAAAAUUCAGAUAGGAUUAUGGCAUCACUAAACCUGCUGAGAUACUUAAUGAUUAAGGAUGGCGAAUAUGAUAAUCAGACUGGGGUCUGGACCAUGCUUGCCAAGAUUGAACAAAAUUUUUUAAAACCGCUGCGCGUAGGACUCAAUAUGUCAAAGGCUCAUUAUGAAGCAGAAAUAAAGAAUAAGAAAGAAAACAGAAGAGAUUCAAACAGUUCUAACACAGUCUGUUCUGUAACUGUUAGUGGGGAAAAGCUGCCCGCGAUGACUACUGAAAUGCAGCUUCAGGUUUUACGCUCAGCUCUCUUCACAUUUGAUUUAAUAGAAAGUGUUCUAGCGCGAGUAGAAGAACUCAUUGAAAUGAAAAUAAAAGCUGUAACAUGAAAAUAUUCAUCUCAGCUGAAACAUUUGAAUAAACAUACUUCUUGCAAGCUGAUUUUAGCAGUUAGAUUUUACUCGAAAAGGAGGCUACCAAACUUUAAAGGAGAGUAGCAUAGAAUGACUGCUAGAAGAAUUGCAAAUCCUGCUCUUCACUUGUCUUCUUGCUCUCUUUUCUCCUCUUUUUUGUCUUUUUUUUUUUCUCUUUUAUUGUUGCUCUGUGUGAUUCACAGAGAUGGCCUACUUACUGAAGGGCUUUUUUUUUUCUCAGUCUGACACUUUGUCUGAAGUUUUUGUUCUUGAUGGCUUUGUUGUUGUUAUCCUGUGGCAAGGAGGCACGGUUGCGCAUUUAUUUUUCUGUUCACAUUUUCAAAACCUGUUGGAUAGUAUGUGAAUCAAGCACUGAAUUAUAAAGAGAUUUACAAAGUUUUAGAGAACCAUGAAUUAGAAAGCAUUACGUAAAUGCUCUUUCCAUUGGGUCUUAUUAACAAACCAACCUCUAUAUUAACAAAAGGCACUGUAAGCCUCUUGUUAUUAAUUACAGUAGAGACUAUGGUGAAGUGAAACCAGGUUUAAAGAAAAGCAGACAUCAAUUUUGAGGUAAGAAAGAUGAUAAAACAUAAUAGCAUAGCAGAUGAAACCUGUGUUUAAGAAAAUCAAUGUAUAAGACUUCAUAAAUAUAAGUCUUGAUGGAUGGGAAACCUAUUUUAGAAUUAUUUUGUUCAUCCUUGUCUUUAAUUAUGAAAAAUUUCCUAUAGAUAUAUUAAGUAGUUGGGGAAAUGACUGUAAGUGGACAAGCUCAUAUGUUCAUAUGAUGAGUUCAUAAGAUAAAACCUCAAGCUAAAAAUAAGGAAGACUUCUCAAUAGUGAAGUUAAAACACAU